AUGCACAUCGUUACUGCAUAUUCAGCCGCGAUAUUUGUGGCAUCUACACUCGCCGCGCUUUUCAAUACUUUAUUGAUCUACCUAUACUAUCGCUGUCCUUUGAAAUACAUAAAGGGCUACAAAUACUUUUUUCUUCUUACUGCUGUUCAGGAUCUAUUAGCAUCGAUAUGCAUACAUCUAACGGCGCCACGUAUAGCUGCUCAGAACUCCUACCUCGUCUAUGUAGCGACAGGACCCAUUUAUACAGAACCAUAUGCAGAUUAUAUAAUGCUAAUUUUCUUUUUAAUGAUGAGCUCAUCAAUAAUUAUACUAACCAAUAGUUUUGCAUAUCGAUACGUGCAGCUUUGUCUACCUAAAUUCUCUUACAUCUAUGACUCUUGGCGGUGGAUAACGGCAAUGAUCGCUGCCAACCUUUUCAUAUUCCUAAAUUUUCUAUUUAUUAUCGCGGGAACCACGGUGCCCAAUGAUACCUUCAAGAAACAAGUGUACGAUGAGGAUCUCUUUGAGCUGGGAAGUUUUACUAAGAAGAGCUUUGUCGGAUUAUCAAUGAAGUACAGCAUCAAUGGUAUCACUAUUCCUGUUCUUGCUGAUUGUGUGGUCAUAAUGUCAUUAAUUUCAAUUUUGGGCGUGUUCUUUGCCAUAAGCAUACAAAGAAAACUACAGCAAGCAUCACUGAGCGAACGAACAAGAAGAUUACAGCAGCAACUAUUUCAAAUGCUACUUCUCCAAGUAGGUCCUUAA